ACAAAAAGCAAUGUUAAGGUACAUUUUCAGACAACUUUGAGUAUUGUUGGGGUAAGAGUUCGUCUCAAAUUUAAGUCUCAUAUUGUUCGUCAUCAUCCUUUCAAAAGUAAUUUGUAUGAAUUUAAUUGCUGAGUUCAUUAAUCUUUUCCUGUAAUACAGAACCACUCUUUAAGCUGCUGAUUUCUUCAAAACAAUCUUACCGAAUGGAUUCAAUUCUCUUAACUGUUACCUACUCCAAAAACGGAUCUUCAUUACUUUUAUCCAUUUAAUCGUUACUGUAUUGCAAUACUAUUGCCAAUCGUCACACCCACCUUAUCAUCACUUCGCCAAUUUUCUCCACUCCCGAAAAGCAUCAUGCUGUACCACUAUUGUACAGAAUCUACCGAAAAUCAUGCGGAAGCUUACUCUCUGGAAGGCAUUAAAAUGCGUAACACGUCUCUUAUGCGGGCCAAUAAAACUGGACACAAAACAUAAAACAGUGCCCAUGAAACGUCACCUCGCACCUGUGUGUUACGUCUACGUAGAAGAUAACGAUGUUCCGGCUGGUUUUGGGGCAUCUUAAUUUAAGAACUCCGAGCGAAGGAAAGGGCGUGCUGCCUUGUGCGCCCAGACUCACACACCGAUUAAGGUUGGGAGAUGUUAAUUUUUAAUGAAUCACGUGAGAUGAAAGUCUAACGUUCGAUUUACGACAGAGCCAUGGCACGUACGGUACGUUCACUGUUUGUGAGAGUGUAGAUAAGACUAUAUCCCGCCUCGAGGCGUUGGAAGGAACGUCAGGCGUUUAUUUUGGGCAAUGUUUGGACCCAUUCUUUGAACCUUGUUUGGUGAGUAUUUGAAGCACAAAGCGAAUAUAAAGCGGUAACAUUGGUAUGUUUUCUAUUGCAUUGUUGAAUAUUCGGGUCAUACGACUGUUUUUCUUCAGAGUUUUACAUUGCAACAGGCAUUAAAUCCUUGAAAUAUGUCAAAGUUUGCAUCAGAAAUGAUGCUACAAUGGAUAGAGCGCCAUUUGAGAGCAAAAAUCGUACAUGAUGCCUUAAGAUACAGACAAAAAAUUAUUCAGCGAUACUGUCGAACUCGUUAGUUUUCGAGAACGUUUUCCUCAACGCUCAUUUUUUACUCAUAUUGCACCAUUUUUAUCUAGCUGGCUAUGAAAUUAAUGAAAAUCAGCGUAGAAGCGAAAGAACGAGUUUAUCGAUGCCAUUUAUUGUUCGCAUAAAGAAGACGCCGUACAACAUUGAAUUACAGUAAUACAAUCACUGUAUUUAGGCAACUGGUUAUACCGUUUUUUUCUUUGAUUUCAUUCGGGGAAACUGGCGGCAAAGCUUGUACAAUGCUUGUCCUAAACCGAACAAUAGCAUAAAGACUUACUGCAUUAAUUGGAAUCAUUUGAAACCAUCGAAGCGUAACCGAAACUUGAUUAUUACUUUAGAAUGCUCCACAAACAGGUCCAAUAACUAUUCUCCCUAAACGCAGUGUACUAAAUGAACCGAACACCAACGCAUUGAGCUCAAAUCAAACGGAAAAGCCUAUUGUCGAAAAACAAUUGCACAGUAAUCCGCUUAUUUUACGCUCCGAAAAUAAUCACAAAAGGCUUCCAAUUCAUCGUAAAUUACUACGCAUACGAACAGUUAAUAUUCAGUGCCCUUUUGUUAGCAAUUGAUUUGCGGAAGGAGAAGGAUCUUAAUCCGAUGCGAUCUUCUAUUCAAUGCGACAGCUCUUUCUUUUAAUUCAGCUCCUUUAAUCAUACUGAAGUGUCUAAUCAGUGCAGUAAAGUUGAAGCGAGCUUUCGUGUUGUCCAUUGAUCGUUUGUUUGUCAAUGAAGAAAGGAAAAACUACGAACCAUGUUUCCACAAAUGAAUACACUCCAUUCCGUUCAAUCAAGCGGUCUACUCGUAAGCAAGCCAGCCGGCGAGUGAUUGUUACUAAUCAAUCCGAUUAAACGAAGGAGGAAGUGUAUGGUCCGGAAAUCUACAACGACCAGAGCCUGUUGUCAUAUGGGAGUUAGUACGGUCAUCCCUUACCCUACUGGAAGCAAUCUAAUCCCCAUACCCUUUCAAGAGGAUUGACUUUGAAAUAGACAAUCCCCUCUCGACGACCUGCGCUCAGUUUAUCCAAUCUCGGGGUUAGCACAAGAAUGUGCCAUUAGGUUAUUGUACGAAAUCUGAGCUUGAAUUUCAAACCAAUAUCGAUCCCAGGAGCUCAAGAUGAAAGCUAGCUUCUGGAAACACAGCCAAGAAGCAGUACCGGCAUCUAGUCAUUAUCAUUUUCCGCAAAAAAAAAGGAAGACACACACUCCGGUUGCUUCCUGGAACUCCCCGGAGUUCGGUGACACCUUUUGCCGAUUGUCUUUGACUUGCUCUGGGACAACACUAAUCCGCCUAAGCCGACAGGGGACUUACGGGUAGGCUUUACACUUCAGGCUUACCCAUACCAGCUCUCACCACAAAUGUCAAAUCGUAUCCUUUUCGAUUUACCCACUCACCUUGCUGCUGCUGGGACGUUGCGUGGGUUCUUGGUCGCUGUGGCAUUCCUGUACUGCUCGGGCGUACCGUAAACCGGCAUCCUUUAGAUAGGGAUUCCGUUCUACCUGUGUAUGCCGGUGGUGGGGCUGUGCGUCAUCGGUGAUAGGUGACUCUAUUCUUAGGCUUUUUUCUCCCCCAAUUCGGAUAAUGACAGCUUGAAGAAUCGGCUUUGUACCGUGGGCCAUUUUUUGAGGAUUGUAGAGAAAAAAUCCCACACAAGGUACAUGGGUUUGAUACAUAAAGGUACAGCAUAUGGUACAGCAGUGGUAUAUAAAUUUCCAAGAAAUGUUUCCUAUCGAUCGUAGGUUUGAUCUUUUUUUUUGCUUAAAGGUGAAAGUUGUAAGGUGCUCUUGCAACUCAAUUCAACCAUUUUCAAAGUCGUACAAGGGAAGCAAACGAUACUUUAAAUUUUAAAGCAUAAAACGUAGUCAAAUUUAAUGAGCGUAAAGUGAUUGAUUCUUAUUUUUUCCUAUUUUGCAGACUUAUUUAUAAACAGCAUAAAAAGGCGAAAAAGUUAUCGUAUUGUAAAUUCUAAUAUAAUACUGACCGGCUUGUAAAAUCAUUUCAAUAUACUUUGUGAACAAUAACACUUGAGAUAAUCAACAUACACUUUCUACUAAACCUUUACAUUGCUACAGAUGUAGGCACAAAUUUCUUUGCACAAAAGAAUACCCCCACAAUGCCCUCUUUAAAGACAAAUGAAACUGCUGAACGUCACAUCUCUAUUUAAAUGUCCCGCGAUGACACACUCAAGCCAUCCCAUGUGCUGGGCCACUUGUCGACGGGACGAAACAAAGAAGAAACAACAAACAGCAACAAAACGAAAAACAGCCUUCCCUCUUCAUAAAGCUCGUAUCCGUAGCCGUAACCGUACCAAACCGAGCGUGUGCAGGAAAAUCCAGCUCUUCAGGGCCUAAGCUUACCCGGGAAUUUUGACUUUAGGAUGUUCGCCCAUUUUUGCCGAAUCUUAUCACGUUCCAAUUCGUGCCUAUUAAAAAGCAAAUCGCAUGCGGGAUGUUGUUGUUGCUCGCACUGUGUGUUCGGGUUCGGGGUCCACUAGAACGACGAAUGAGCACACGUAUGGAUGGGACGAACGAGCCCUGCUCCACUCCGGUGUCCAUUGUGUAUUUCGAGAUGGCCGAAGAACGUACAGAGAUUAGAUGAGAUUGUUCCCAAUCAAACAAGCCCUCGGGCAGAAGUGGAGCAGCAACAUGAAAGCGUCAGCUAGCUUUUGUUUCGCUUUUUCUGUUAUUUUGUGAACCUAUUUCAUUGCUUUUUUUGUAUUUUUCCAUUUUUGUCUGUGCCUUGUUUCACCAUCAAUAAUAGGUUCACGGUGAAGAAACAAGAGCAAAAAAAGGAAAUUAAAUUACGUUGAUCCUCAUAGAUAGAAUGUUUUUUAGAUGUCACUGAGUAAAUACUUGCUUCGAAUGGAAUUAUAAUUUAAUUUUACGGUGUUUUAUGACUUAAGGGUAAAAGCACGAAAACAACCACAUGAGAAACAUCAUACUGCCGGGGUUUCUAUAAUCAAUUAUUUACUUAGGGAAUUUUAAUUGAUUUUUCCACUUACUACUACGAUCCCUUGCGUAUCCUUCACCAACAGAAUGUCUUGAAAAGCAAAACUGCAUCAAUUAUCCUUACACUUGCAAGGACGCUGCUGAAAGAAGGUCCGACAAAACCAUUUCUCUCUUACGCUCAAUCAGUUAUAAAUUAUCCUAACAAAGCUUAACUGACCGUUAACGGUCACCGUGUUACCACCUCUCCCUGUACUUUCUUACCUUUUCUGUCCAUGUAUUAUCCUACCGACCAUGCUAGAAGGAUGCUUCUCUCUUCCUCGGUAGCGUUUUUUGUUCCUCUUCUCUUGAGCUCAUCCAUCCUAGUCCGAUGCGAUUGCCAUUAAAUCUUCCUUUCGCUCAGCCCGGGUACACCCAGUACACCGGCCACCAGGUAAAUCACUUCAUCCAUGAUCCGUGAAACCACUUUUCCGUACCGUGCACAACGGUCGCCCACCAGGAUAACGGGCCACCUUUUAUCCCUUAGUCAGCUUCCGUGCGCUUAGGUUAACAGCCGCUCGAUUUCUUCGCGCAAUUUUCUUUUCCGAAUUGAAAAAGGUACUGCUUUGCUUCAUAAUCAAGGGUAGCAAAAUUAUGAAAAGUAUUGCUAUUGGAAUGGUUUAGCCCAGCAAUAAUUCCAAUGGAGACGCCGGGUACUUUUCGGUUCACUACAAACCUUUCAUGGAGACGCAUGGUACCGUCGUACGAUAAUGGAGGCGCCUAGUAGUUUAUGAUUUUAACAGGCUUGCUUGAUGUUUCAGCUUUAAGAAUAGCGUACAGCUGCAGGCUACCAUACUAUCGAUUCACAAUGGCCUUUUUCAUUUAAAAAAAUCCAACUUCAGCACCAACACCAUUACUCUAGGUGUCUUCAUACAAAAAAGGUCACCAAGGACUUUUCCUUUCAUGGAGGACAAUGAAAUAUGGCAAGAAUGGAAGGAAUAACUCGUUUUUUUUGCCCUGUUGGAUAGCAAAUUGGCUAUAAUUGCUUCUGCCGUUGGCAGGUUUGUUUCAUUGUCCUCUAGAUGUUAGUGUUUUUCUUUCCGUUAGAAACGAGUAGUGACUACGAACGCAAACGAAAGUAUAAUCCUGUCGCUAGUAUGAAGAUAAAGAAUCAAUAUUACGGAUUUAAAUAUUUUGUUGCAUUUAAAAGCAAGUUUGCCUAAAACGAUAGCAACAAAGACAAAUAAGUAUAAUUGUAUUUUUUUCCAUAAUUCUUUCAAAUUUUCAAACCAUUCAACAAUACCAUUAUCAAGCUUUGAAGCAAUCCAGCACAAAGAGAAACCAGGAACCAAUGAAGGUGGUUUCACCUCACCUGAUGAACCACUUUGCCUGAUGAACGCCACUUUGAUAAAUGAAUUUUGUUCCAGGUCUGGUUCGUGCACUGGCUCUUGUGGCAAGCCAUGCCUGGCACCAAAACAAUCGCCUUCUGUCUGGCUGCUACACGGUCGAAGGAGUUUUACACCGAGCACCGAGAACGUUCGUGCAAGUUGGCUUAACUUUAUUUAACACUCUCACACACCCACAGACAUACAGGCUGGCUGAGCAAAAAAUGUUUUCGUUCCUGCUCGUUG